AGAGUUGUUGCUUUCUUGUUUCUUAUUUUGCCGUCGAAAGCUUUUGGUGGCUAUGUUUCAGAAGAACAAGCCGUGCAUAGUUUUUGCCGUAGAAACAAGGAAACUUCCAUCUGUCUUAGCCUGACUUGUUCUCCAACACCUUUUUUCAGGCUUUAGAUUACCUGUGCUAGCUGCUAACUAAUUGCUUUCGCACAAGAGCCAUUCAUUUGAUGCUGAAAGAAGAAGCUGAGCUCAGAAAAUGGACCAGAAAACCAGCAGGAGGAAGAAGUCCCCCUUUGGAAGGGUAUCUGGUAUUACGGGUAGGAAUUCUUCAUCAAGACAGAACGAUGAGGGCUCUAUCAACACCUCAGUUAAUUUCAGAGAGACUCCAGAACAGUCAGAGGUGGCUUCUCCAUCAGCAUCAUCUUCAUCCUUCUUCAAAAGUACAAGUCUGAAAUUCAGCAGUUUCAGUUCACCUUCUUCAACCUCCAGUACACAUAUCGAGACCUUUAGGGUAUUUGCAGCAACAUGGAACGUCGCCGGGAAAACCCCAGACAUGGAGCUGAAUCUGAAUGACCUCCUGCCUUCUGAUGACCAAUCAGACAUUUUUGUUCUAGGAUUCCAGGAGGUGGUCCCUCUCAACGCCGGGAACGUGCUUGUCAUCGAGGACAACGAGCCAGCGGCGAGAUGGCUCGCGCUCAUCAACCAGGCGCUCAACCGGCCUUCCUCCUCGUCGCCGCUGGCGAGCCGCUCCUUCAGCCAGUCCGCAUCCCCCGCCUACGCACUCCAGACGGCGAGCUCCAGCCCUCUCGACCCGUCUCUGUUCCACAAGAACGGGUCUUCCCCGAGAGAGGUUCGCCGCGCCGCAAUCACCCGCGGCCGCCGGCUCAAGUCAUGCACUUGCCCCGCGGAGAAGCCGCCCCGGCGCCGGCCGAACUACAGAGCGCCUUCAUCAUGCCUGAUUAUGCGCUGCGGCAGCAGCAAAAACCAGCGCCAGCACGCUGCUGAGGGCGACACGACGACGUCAGAAGAGGAGGACGCGGACGUCGUCGUCGACGAGGAGGCAGCGUCAUCGUCCAUGGUGUCCGACGCCACGCUACUGCUGCGGCCGGCGGCGGGGAGCCUGCAGGGGAGGUACUGCCUCGUGGCCUGCAAGCAGAUGGUGGGUCUCUUCACGACGGUGUGGGCACGGCGGGAGCUGGUGGCGCACAUCAGCCACGUCCGGCUCAGCUGCGUCGGCUGCGGCAUCAUGGGCCGCCUUGGCAACAAAGGGUGCAUCUCCGUCAGCAUGUCGCUGCACCAGACUUCCCUCUGCUUCGUGUGCAGCCACCUCGCCUCCGGCGAGAAGGACGGCGACGAGCUCCGCCGCAAUUCCGACGUCGUCGAGAUCCUCAAGAGCACACAGUUCCGCCGCGUCUGCAAGCGUUCCGGCCGCCGCAUCCCGGAGCGAAUCCUCGACCACGACCGAGUGAUCUGGCUGGGGGACCUGAACUACCGGAUCGGUCUAAGCUACGCGGAGGCGAAGAAGCUAGUGGAAGCCGGCGACUGGGCGGCGCUGUUCGAGAAGGACCAGCUCAAGACGGAGCGGGAGGGCGGGGUCUUCCGGGGGUGGAGCGAGGGCCUCAUCGCCUUCGCGCCCACGUACAAGUACUCGUGGAACUCCGACAGCUACGCCGGCGACGACGACGGCGGCAGUGCCGGUGGCGCAGCGUCGAAGAAGAAGCCAAAACGGAGGACGCCAGCAUGGUGCGACCGGAUCCUGUGGCGCGGCGAGGGGAUCGUGCAGGUGGCGUACGUCCGCGGGGAGUCCAAGUUCUCCGACCACCGCCCCGUGUGCGGCGCGUUCAUGGUCGAGGUCGCCGUCCUCGACGGCGCGGCCAAGAUGGUCAAGCUCGUAGCCGCCACGGCCAGCAUGAAGGUCGGGGCGGAGGAGCUCUUUUACCCCGGCAACCGUAGCUAGCAGCACGAGCGCGCGAGCUUCCUGAGCGGGAUUCCGCCAUUGAUCGCUCAAGCUGGUUCCAAGAAAGAAACACUCGUCGCAUCUCGUUGCCCAGACGCCACUGAUAAUUUAGGAGAUAGCUUGCGGUCGCGGCGUACUGAACUACUACUGAAUACUGAUGCAUGCGUGCGCUGCUGUCGUUCUGUUGAGCUAUGAAGAAUUGAUCAGU